CGAUCCCCUCCUGUCUUUUUUACAUCCCUCCCUCGUCCUCUUUUUCCUCUCCCUCUGAUGCCAUCCUCGGCCUCGUCGCCACCGGCUGGCCGGCGCUCCUCCUCGCCCUUCUUCGCACGCCAUUACUGACCUUUGGUCUCCCGUCCCUCGCCGUUCGCUGUCUCACCGCCCCGUUCCCCGCCGCUGUUCGAGCUCCGAUCUCCCCGAAAACCUCUCCGAUGCGAGCCUGUUUGGUGCAGCUAAAAGAGUUUUGAUAAUCUUGACAGACUUGUGCAAUGGCAGGAUCUGUUAUGCCAUCCCUCGGUCGUAUAAGGCUCACUGAUCUCAUAGCCUCGGAGGGGCUUCCAUCGGAUUCUUACAAGAUUUCUGUUUCGACCCUCACGCAAUCCCUUGCUCAGUAUUCAGCCGCAAUCAUUCAGUUGCCGCCUGCUGAUGGUGCUCUUUUGAGGUCUGGUCUUGAAUCGGCUCGUCUCUUUUUCCAUCAGCGUCCGUACCCUCCUGCCGAUAUGGUUCAUUCGAAUGACUCCCGUGAGUGGUGCAAGACCUCCGGUUAUUAUGCAGAUCCUCAGCUGUGGCAAGAAACAUAUGACUAUAGGCCUGGUCUUACUCCGUCAGAGCCCGAUGCUGGAAUGGAGAUUCCUCCUGCCGGUUUGCCUGACAUAUUUGCAGUGCUUGGCAAAGCUGCACGAGAUAUCUUGGAUGCUAUCAGCUUUUCUCUGAAUUUACGUAGCUUUUCAUUUGCUGAAGUGCUUGAUAAUAUACCUUUAAGAACUAGGGAAAUCUCUUCAUCAGUUCUUUCAGUGUGCUGUCACUCGAGACCAUCUUUCCAAGGAGCACAUCACCAUAAUCUGACAGCACAGGAAGAUGGGCAGUUGGUUAUGUUCCCAGACCAAGAGAAUCAGGUUGAUAAGAGUUUGAUUACUCUCGUCAAGUCAGAUAGGGCAGGGUUGCAUAUAAAGGACUUCCAAGGGCGUUGGAUACUGGUGGAUGCGGAUCUUGGCCCCCAAGAUGCAAUUGUCUACCCUGGACUUGCACUUUACCAGGCGACUGCUGGUUAUGUCACCCCAGCCCAGCCCAGGACAGAGACAGGCAAUUUGCAAGGUAACAUGUUUGGUCGAUGUUCUCUGGUGUUUAAGCUCAUGGCGAGGUCCAUGGCGAGUCUGAGCUGUUCAGAGAUGAGAGCAGCUGGCCAUGGCGUUGAAGCUCAGUUCCAGAUUCCCAUACCAGUGGAUGAUUUUAUGCAGAGGCCACACUCUACUGAUCAACUCUUCACUAAGCACAACUUCCCUAGUUAUACGCUUCAAGCAGCCCAAGAUGCAUCUUUGAAACCUCUGAUGAAGAGGAGGAAGAACUAUGCUAGAUGCAAGCCGCUGCCCCCGUCGAAGAGACUUCGUCUCGAAGCGCAGAGAGUCCUGAAGGAGAGGGUUCAGGAAAUUGCAGACAAGAAGGGCAUCAAGCUGAGAUUCUGUAAUCUCAAGGAAUGUGAGGGCCACAUACAGUCGCUGGACAGCCCAUGUGGGAAUAUAAGAAUGGAGAUAGGAUGGCCACCUGGGGUUCCCUUUGUUCAUCCUCAUGACCUUCCCAACAAGGCAAAACUUGGCUUUCUCGAAGCUUACGAGCCUGGUUGGACGGCCUCUCAGCAAGAUAUGGAGUUAAGUCUUAUCGAACCUGGACAGGCCAGUCAACAGUACUAUCUUCUGAUUCAAUCUCAUGAAAAGUACAUAAUAAUGUUUUAGAAACAAUUCAAAUGCAACUGAUGGAUAUUUCCAGUCUAGCACUCAUCUCCAGGGCUUUGGAUGUGUAACAGAGUCAACAAACAAGCCUAUGAAUUUAAAUGCAUCAUUUUUAUCUGGCUACUAACAGAAGUUGCAUUUGGACAUUUUGUCUUCUGCAGGAAUCAAUCUCCAUAACUUUUGAUAUUUGGCCAUCCUCUGUCAGCUUGUGACUUCACAAACUCUGCCAACAGCUUGAUCUCAUCCUCCUGCAGCCGGGGUCCAAAUGUGCAUUGACCUUUUGGAGUACAUUUCUCUCCAAAUCCCUGAAGACAACAGCAGACUCUGUUUAUUUACUUGCAGUUUCUAUCAACAGCUUGAUUUGUUUGUAAAUAAUGGAAUCAGUAAGGUCUACUUGCCGGCAUUCUUCCCUUCCCAUAGUAUGUGAUGUUGUAUAUACCCUCCUCCGUGGCAACACCAUUCCUGCUUGGAAUUGCGCCAGUUUUAUCUGUCAAUCAUAGCCUAUCUCUGAUUUGAAAGAUGUUAUCAGAGGAGCAAUGGCUAGCUAUACCUUUCUAGAUCCUUCAUGAAGAGAGUGGCACCCUGGAAAGCAAGUCAGGUGGGAAAGGGCUCAUGAGGAAGAUAAAAAUCAAAAUAAGUUGUUUAUUCUGUGGUAUUGAAAUGGAGUUACAGUGACUCACAGGUUGCAAUAUGUUCCCUCCCAUGUCAUGGCAGCCAAUGCAGGCUUUUUGAAACAAGGCUCUGCCCUCGGAUAUAGGCUGACUGAAGGAUACUGCAGAAAUCCCAAAGUAGCUUGCAAAGGCUUUGAUUGUAUGAUGUACAUAUAAAUUGUGCAUCUUCCUAUCCCCCAAAAGAUGUUUAUUAUGCUUUUUCUGAUUUUUUUUGAUAGCUACAGUGUAAAUUGAAUUGUGUUUAUGUGAAUUUCCGGAGUUCUUUUUGUA